GAAAAAUGGAGCCGAGCGGAAAGUGUGGUUUUGUUAUUUUCCCGAGUGAUUUGUUGUGAAAAAAUCCAAACAAAUAUCCGUUCUUACUCUUAUAGUUUCGCAAGAUUCUAGUAGUUUUAAUGAAGUGAAUGGGUGAAUUUCCAGUUAAACUACUUAUUAAAUUGUGCCAUCAGGAUAGUUUUGGGAGUUCUAAAUGAGGUACUGAGAAAAACAUCCAAACAAAUAUCCAGUCUUACUCUCAGUUUCACAAGAUUCUAUGAAUUUUAAUGAAGUGAAUGGGUGAAUUUCCAGUUGAACUACUCAUUAAAUUGUGCCGUCAGGAUAGUUUUGGGAGUUGUAAAUGAGGAGCUGGGUCAUUAAUAAUAUUCCUAUCAAACGUACAUUUAAUAAUUAGCGCAAGUGAUUAAAUUGAAUGAUUGGAGAGUAAUCGACCAGAAUGGAGUACAUAAAACGAAAAAAAUAUACAGUAAAUGUUGCGAAUGAAAGUCUGAAGGAAGCUUACCCCCACGAUGUUCAACUGUACCAUUACGUACCCGUGGGUCUCGUCAACUUCACCGAAUUCAAAGAGCUGGGGAUGGAAAGAAGGGAGAUCCUCAAGAUGAUCGAGUUGAUCAUGAACAGGACAGACGUCAAGACUGUUGAAGAGCGCAAGGCUGCACUGACAGCUGCUCUGAGAAAGGAUGGUUAUCAUCAUGCGACGAAGUUGUUGAAUGGCGCUGGCUGUGCUUCACACACUGAUGUGGAGCUGGAGGCGAGACGAAGGGAUGCUAUUUCUCACAUGAUUGCUAGGGUUGCCUACUCACAAACUCCUGAGUUCAAGCGGUGGUUCAUUACUAUGGAGGCUGAGUACAUGAAACUCAGGCUGUCUUCGCUGAAUAAAGAGGGAAUGACUCAACUGUUUGCUAUCAAUAAUUUCCAGUAUGAGAUUCUGACAGAAGAUGAGAAAGAUAAAUUUCGCGAUCACCUGUACUCAUCCGGGAAGCUAUCGAGCAUCGAUAACAGCGACUUUUACAAAGUGCCAUUCUACAAAGUCCCCGAUUUGAUCAGAAGUAGGCGGGUAUUUGUGUACAAUGGUAUGGCAUUUACGCCCCAAUCGGAGCUUGCAUCACUCUUCAUAAGUCAUUUCAAGGAGCACCUCAAGCGGGAGUUUGAAGCUGCGACACAGGAAUUCUACCGACUCCAGUGCGAUUCCAGGAUCUUCGAGUUUCUCAGAGAACUUCCCAAUUAUUUCGCUGAAAUUCAACGUGUCGUGUGGUCAACUGAGACAACUCCGAUUGAGUCCCUAGAUGAGUUAUCAAGGACUUCGUACCCAUUGUGCAUGAGGACGCUCCACGAAGCAUUAAGAGUUAAUCACCACCUGAAGAACCAAGGUCGUGUGCAGUAUAUCCUAUUUUUGAAGGGCAUUGGCGUCACGAUGGAAGAUUGCACGCAAUUCUGGCGUGCGGAAUUCACGAAGAAGAUGGAACCCGAGAAAUUCGAGAAGGAGUACGCUUAUGGCGUCAGGUUUCUGUAUGGAAAGGCUGGGGGCAAUCGUAAUUACACGCCAAUGGGGUGUAAUAAAAUUAUAACUACAGCUGCUGGGCCUGGGGAGUUCCACGGUUGUCCGUACAGGUCUAUGGACAGCGACAUACUGCAGCAAAAGCUCAUUGGAUUCAAUUUGCCAGCCUCAGGCGUGUCUGAAAUAGUCGAGUUGGCUAAGGGAGGCCACUACAAUCUCGCCUGCGCCAAGUACUUCGAGGUAACUCAUAAAUGUCCCCCAGAACGUCCCCUCUUGCAUCCAAAUGCCUACUUCGCUGAGAGUCGAGAAGUGAUUGCCAAAGUCACCGGUAAUGCAGACACACCAGCGGAUGACAAAUCAAAUCGACUAUCAAAAAUGAAGGGUGAAUCUCUCUCACAAGCGAGAUCGCCGGCUAGAACACCUGCGAGAUCGUCGAUUCGUACGCCGGUUCGUACGUCCGUUAAAUCAUCAUCAUCAAUUAAGAAGAAGAAUAUUAAAGAUGAAACUGGUGACAUUGCAGAGAUGCUUCAGGAGGAUGAUGAGUCGUUUAUGGAGCUCAAUGAUGUGGAUUUUUGAAAUUCAGUUGCGAAGUGGUGGAGCGUAAUGAGUUGAUUUUUUGCUCUAACAAUUAUGCAUUCAGUUUGGAAACGAAUGACUGAUCUUUCGUAUAAGCAGAAAAAAAUUUGAUUGAAAAGGUUUCUCAACAUUUUCACGUAAACUAUUCGCUGUAAACUCUUCUCGUAAUCUGUUCAAUAUAAACUGGAGAUUUAAUGAGGUGUGAAAGAUUGACUUUCUUUGUUUUGUUCUGCUACGUUUGAUCAUUUGAGGAUUGAAUCAUUUCCUUAUAAUUUUCGCCAAUAUAAAAAAUACCAACUCUGCUCCUGCGAAGCACCAUUACCUCUGAAUAGACUAACCCAGUCUUUUCUUAUAAUUUUCCAAUAUAAAAAAAUACUAUUUUCCAAUAUAAAAAAAUACUAAUUCUUGAAUCGUCCUGUGUCCAUAGUUAUUAAUUUUUGGAAAUCCACAAACUUUAGUCACUUCAUUACUAUAUUGUGUACUACCUGAAGCUUUUCGGUUUACAAAAAUUAAUAGCUAUAGUAACGGCACUCUUUGCAUGUGUUGAAUUUUUCCAAUUUUUUUUUAAAUUUUUCCAAAAAGUAAUAACUAUGCACAGGAAGACUAUUCUAAAAUUCAACACAUAAAAGGGGUAUUAUUACCUCGGAAAAGACUAAUCCAGAUGAGAUAUUGUAUUGAGGCCUUUAUAAAAGUUCUAAUGCAGGUUCGCAAAAUGUCAACUAAUGUGUUAUAUAUUUUUAAUUAAAAUUAUUGCAGAAAUUCGUAUUAUUGCAAAAUGUUCGUAUGGACACAUCAAAAUUGGUUCAGUAGUCAAGUGGUGAGAUCACACGUAUGAAAAAAUCGUAUGGAAUUUCUAUAGGAUUUUCGUAUAUGAUAUUCGGAUAUUUCUAU